AACCUACCUUUGCCCAAACCCCUUCCAACCUCAUCCUCGUCCCCACCUUCCUUUCUUCUGCAUCCAUGGAGAAGAUCAAAGAGAAACUCUCGUCUUUGCGCACCGAAGCCGACAAUGCCGUGGCUCGCGCAGAGGACGCAGAAGCGAAGAAUAAGAAGUUAGAGCAGGCGAUCCUCGAGAAAGACCAAGAAAUUGUGUCUUUGCAACACAAGCUAACCAUUCUUGAUGGCGAGCUUGAGAAGGCUGAGGCCAAGUUGAGCGAGGCGAAGAUCUCCCAGGAGGAGGGCGAGCAGAGCAAGACCACGAUGGAGAGUCUGCAACGAAAGAUCCAGUUACUCGAGGAGGAGCUCGAUGCUGAAGAGAAAAACGCGAAGGAGAAGGUAGAGAAGCUUCGACAGGUUGAUGUCAAGGCAGAACAUUUCGAACGGCAGUUACAGCGCGCUGAGCAGGAACGGGACCAGUGGGAGAAGAAAUACGAGGAAGCACAAGAGAAAUACCGCACAUCGAAAGCUGAGCUCGACGAACUUGUGCAGAACAUGGAAGGUCUUUAGACUCAUCGAUAUCCUCUAUCUCGCUACCCUUUCCAUCACCCAUGUUAUGCAUUGUGAUGUACGUUCCAUUUUAUGCUUGUGCUGCUCUGCUCUUGAUUACACCCUGCAUCAUUUAACUCCUUACUAGCUCACAUAAUUCCUCCACCUUUUAGCGACGAACCGGAGGAAUGAAGUAAAUGAAAAUUACCUGAAUAUGUCUAAAAUAUCCAUCGAGCAAACAAGAUCAUUGACCAUC